CAACAACCCGCUCUUCCCCAAGGUUCACCUGCUCCGCCACGUCCCCCAUCCUAACCGCGGUUUGUAAACAGCCUGGGAGCACUGCGCAUUGCGAUCAACGCAAAUUCCGGCCUUCAGCACACAAGAAAAGCUGUUGGACCGGUGUGCGUACGGACCAUAGUUCACGGCAGAAUGUUUAUUCAAUGGUCUACCUGUCCGCAUGACCUCCUGCGCCUGGUCGCCAACCUGCACGUCAUGGGCUUCGAUGUUCGACCCUUGGCUUGGGCUCUACCCAGGCUGCUAUCAGCGGCUGCCGCAUAGCAGAUAUGCCCUCGCAUGCAUAAUAUAAAGCGAUCGUCGCUGUAACUCGCUUGGACCCAUUAAAGCGCCGUUCACGCUGUUGCGAUGCAUUCGACGGCACUUUCCUUGCUCACUAUUGCUCUUGCACUCUUCACCACUUCAUCUCGGGGAAAGAUAUCACGGCGCGACGACGCGGGCUUGACCACGCUCUCCGACAAUUCGCCCCAGGCAUGGCCGGCGCCCAACGCGACGGGCGGGAACGCGUGGACGGACGCGUUCUCCAGCGCGCAAGCCCUCGUCGCGCAAAUGACACUUGAGGAGAAGAUCACCGUCAUCACGGGUCAGUCCGGUCGCUGCGUCGGCAACACGGGUGCCGUCGAGCGACUCGGCGUCCACGCGCUCUGCCUGGAGGAUGGGCCCGCGGGAGUGCGCCCGGUCCAGGGUGUAUCCCAGUUUCCAGCUGGACAGGCGGUGGCUGCGACAUGGGACAGGAAUCUGAUCUACCAGCGCGGGUACGCGAUGGGCCAGGAGUUCUUCGACCAGGGGGUCAACAUCGCACUUUCCUCCGUGACAGGUGGUCCGCUCGGACGCAGCCCGCGCGGCGGUCGCAACUUUGAGGGUUUCUUCGACGAUGCGUACGGUACCGGUGAAGCUGCCUAUCUGACCGUCAAGGGCAUGCAAGAUGCCGGUGUUCUCACUACAGCCAAACACUACGUCGGCUAUGAGCAAGAGACAUUCAGGAACGCCUUCAAUAACUUGGAGUCAUACUCAGUUUUCCCUGUGAACGUGCAGUCGCCCAUCUCGUCGAACAUCGAUAACAAGGCACUGCAUGAGGUGUACUUGUGGGGCUUUGCCGAAGCCGUUCGCGCUGGUACGGGUUAUGUGAUGUGCUCGUACAAUGAGGUCAACCAGACUCACUCGUGCGCCAAUGCGUACACCCAGAACAAUAUUCUAAAGGGCGAGCUCAACUUCCAGGGCGGUAUCAUGUCUGAUUGGGGAGGCGUGUGGAGCGACGCAGAGUUCAUAAACGGCGGCCUCGAUAUUUGCAUGCCCGGUGUCGGUUUCGGUGGCGUGCUCGGUACAAUGUGGGGCGACAGUCUAUUUCCCUACGUCGAGAACGGGACAGUCGCUGAGUCCCGAGUGGACGACGCGGUCGUCCGUCUGCUGACUCCCUGGAUCUUCCCAGGCCAAUCCGUGAACCCUCCUCCAGCAGUGACGUGGAACGCCGAUCCGACUUUCUAUCAAACGGACGAUGCCUAUUGGCGGGACGUGCGGAAGGUCGAGACGAUGGCGCUCAUCAGGCAGAUUGGCGAGGACUCCUCGACGCUGCUUAAGAACGUGAAUGGCACGCUCCCUCUGGGAACGCCAGGAGUCAUCGCUGUCAUCGGAAGCGACGCAGGUUCCAAUGAGCUGAGCACGUUGGAAGGCCAGGGCGUCGCCCAAUUCCCGCUCUGGAACAUCAACGGCACUUUGAGCCUGGGUGGUGGUUCUGGCUGGGCAAUCCCGCCAUACCUCGUUACGCCGUUCGAGGCGAUCAACUAUCUAUACGCGGUAUUCAACGGCACGGCGUACGACGCGAUCAACGCUACGGUCGAGAGCGCGGACGUCACGAUUGUAUUCGUGAGUGCGUUCACAAGGGAAGGUGAAGAUCGUGCUACUUUGUACCUUGAUCAUGAAGGCGAGACAUUGAUCCAGACGGUGGCGGCGAACUGCAGUAACACCAUCGUCGUGAUACACGCCGGGGGCCCGAUCCUCGUGGAGGAAUGGAUCGAUAACCCCAAUGUCACCGCUGUCAUCGCUGCACAUUUCCCUGGUCAGGAAUCCGGCGACGCCAUCGCGAGCGUACUCUUCGGCGACGUCUCCCCGAGCGGCAAGCUCCCCUACACGAUCGGUCACGCCCUCGACGAGUACCCGCCCGACACCAUUGUGGACGACCCGGUUCUCGAGCCGCAAGCGUACUUCAACGAGUCGACGCUGAUCGAUUACAGGUGGUUCAGUGCAUAUAACAUCACGCCGCGCUUCGAGUUUGGCUAUGGUCUUUCCUACUCGACGUUUUCGUACAGCAACAUCUACGUGCAGGACGUGUACGAGGCGGACAACAGCACGAUCCAGCAGAAAAAUGAGCCGUUCGAAGGGUAUGACGGGAGCAACAGCUUGUACGAUAUCAUUACGGAGGUGACAGCUCAAGUGACCAACACUGGGGACGUGGUCGCGUGCGAAGUUGCUCAGCUGUACGCCACCUUCCCGGAUAGUCCCGGCAUCUGGUUGCGCGGCUUCGACAAGCUGAAGACCCUUGCUCCCGGGGAAACACGCACUGCCACGUUCUCCCUUCGCCGAAAGGACCUUUCUCUGUGGAGCACGGAGCGGCAGUUGUGGUACAUCCCAGACGGAGCGAUUCAAUUGCAAGUCGGCGCGAGUUCGACGAAGCUGUAUUUGACGGCUUCAUGGUCUCAAUGA